AUGGACUCAGAACAUGAAAGUGAAGAUGAAUUCAAUAAUAACGAGGAAAACAGGACUGAGGAUGGAUCAGAACGAGGAGAUGUAGAGGAUGAUUCCGCUGUUACUCACCCUCCCGAGACACAGCCUGAUGGGUCUAUACCUGGGACUGGGCCUAGGACACGUGCACCAUUGACGCUGCAGCCCAAUGUCCUUGACUGCAAAACGUUCGAUAUCAUGCCAUGUGUACUCGCAGUACAUCCAUGCAAUAUAUAUUGCAUGGCAGCAACACAAUGCAUGCGCUGGGUUUUCACGGGAUCCGAAGACGGUUACAUCCGCAAAUAUGACUUUUUUGCGUCGAUGAACGGUAAAACAAUGCUUACGCAGGGUCAACGGCAUGGACAAGUGGAUUCCGUUACAAAGGCUGGUAUAAUGACUUCAUACUGGGAGAACGAAGAACAGCCAAACAAAACCAAUCCAGCGCCUGGAGAAGACGCAGCUACUACUAAUACAGAGCCAAAAGAAUCUAAAAUGUCAGCUGUCUACAGUUUAGAUUGUCACUCCGAAGCUAUUUUUGCAUUAUCUGGACUGGAAAGUGGUUCUAUCAACCUCUGGACUCCAAGACAUGAGGAAGGGACCUGCCAUCAUGUAUUUCGACAACAUUCAGGACCAGUCUCGGCCAUCAAGCUCACACCCGAUCAACAAGGUUUUAUCAGCGGUUCCUGGGAUCAUAGUGUUUUGCAAUGGGACCUGAAUAAUGGCGCUAUUGUGCGAACCUAUAAUGGGCAUGGCUCUCAAAUAUCCUCGGUUUCUUUUCAACCCAACGGAGUACCUACUACCACCAUGGAUCUUUCAAGCCCUACAGCAAACUACUCCAAUGAUGCAAUUUUGAUGUCGACUAGUGUGGAUGGUACAAUUUGUUUGUGGGACAGGAGAGAUCCCACGCCCAUCCCUAGAAAACUAAUGCCGCAAGAAAAAGUGCCUCCAUGGUGUUUAUCUGCAUGCUGGAGCGCUGAUGGCGAUAGAAUAUAUUGUGGGAGACGCAACGGAACAGUCGAUGAAUGGAAUUUUGCUGAAGGAAGGUUUAUUCGUUCCAUUAAAAUGCCUGUGGACUCUGGCCCAGUCUCAUUUGUCAAAAGUAUGCCCAAUAAUAAGCAUCUUAUUUGCGCCUCACAAGAUAACAUCCGACUCUGGAAUACCACAGAAUUGGAUUCAAAAUCGUCACUGCGACCAUUUCAAAUCAUUGCCGGUCAUCAUGGUGGUCUUAUUUCAAAUAUACAUAUUGACCCCACGUGCAAGUAUAUGAUUACGACGUCUGGUAACCGAGAAUGGGAAGGCCCAAGUACGAAUGGCUGUCUGUUUUAUGAUAUUCAGCCUCUUCUUUGA